AUGCUCAUGCAACCUUUCCGAAGAUUAUGGACAGGAAUCGUGAUGGGUGAGUUGUUGGAUGUAUUACGUAAGAACGGGAAGGAGCUAAACCUGUAUUACGCUAGGGUAUUUGGCAUCUUCUGGAAGUGCGCAAGGGUUGGAGAACGGCUGAGUCCUUACGUCAGUUUAUGCUGUGUGGUGAUGGCUGUCGUAGCCAUCAUUGAAAACGGGAGGAUUGAGAGGGCAAAAGAUGUGAAAGCCCGUGGGCACGGGGAUUUCAAAGAGGGCGUCUGA